GCGGACCGCCCCCUGGGACUCGUGGGGCAGCGGCUCCCGAGUAGGGCGGAGGCUGCCCUGUACCGCGGGUCCCUGUCGCUGCCAGCGCCCGGACGAUGUCCGUCCUUGGGCUCCGGCUGCCCGCGGCCUCCCUGCGAGAGCCAGCAGGUGGACGCGGACCUUCGCAGGUGUGGGAAGUGGGGUGUCAUAGGCAAACUUGAGGGGUAUAUACAUCUGUAAUUUCAAAACUCAAAAAAGACCAAGGCAGAAAGAUUGCCAGUUGAAGGCCAGCUUGGACUUCCUAGGGAGAUCCCUUUUGAGAGAAGCAGAGUGUGGAAGGUUGCAUCUCAUCAUGGUGUGCUGAGUCAACCCACCAGACUGAAAGAUGCUCCGUUACUGUUUUUCGUGUACAGACUGAGUCCUGACCAUCUCUCUAUGACACUAGAUACCAUUGAAGAAUGACUUCCAACAACAUGGAAAUGAAUGAGGAUGAUAAGUCCAACAGCCCAGACAGUGAAUCUUUGUGGACUACGGACGCAGAAGCCAGUGCUGGGAAGAAGUUCACCAUUCCAAAGAUCAGGAGGACGACUGAGAAAGUUUACUUGUCGUCUUGUUACACCAAUACUAGAGAGUAUGGUUUCAUACACGGCACUUUGAAGCAGUGCAGGCUUGAUAUAAGCUGUGACCUGCAGUUCACCUGGCAGUUUGGGGAUACAAAACUGGUUCGCAAUGAAUAUCUGGAAAAACAGUUCGCUGCGAAGAGGUCAGAGAUGCGUGAGGGUGGAAAGCACAGCAGAGAACUGGAAGAACAUUUCUGCUUCCUGGCACUUCCUCAGAGUGACGUGGUGGACGUUUACCAAAAUGGGCCAAGUGUUGGAGCAUCUGCACUGAGGAUCCUGGGGAACCCUCUUCUGGGAGUGUAUCUGUUUAGACAUGUUGAUGUUGCCCUGCGCUAUGCUUACAGUAGGAGCACAGCUGUAGAAAGUAUUAUGAUCUUUAAGGUUCUCUUUGGGAGAAUAAAGAAAAUUCAACCUUCUAUGGAUAAAAACAAAGUUUCUCUGGAUCCUUCUCCUAACUUUGAUUGCCAUAUGUCAAGAAAUAUGCCUUCUCUGAAAGAUACCAUUGAGCUUCAAGCCUACAAUUCAGUGGUGUACUUCUAUGAAUAUGAUUUCUUUUCAAGACCAGUAGAUAAACCUAGGCAAUGUCUUCCAUAUGCAAUAAUAACAGUAAAAUGUAUUGGUCAAAAGACAGGUAAUGGACAACUUAUGACAUCGCUGAGAUUCCCCUCAACAGGAUUUCCUAAGAGGCUUGAAAGAGUAUGUUCUAUGAAUAACUGUACAAUUGCCAAAAGAAUUGGAAAAGGAAAAGAUGCUACAGUCAUCUUUGAGCACUUCAGGAAACCUGUCGAUCCAUUUGUUCAAGAAAAUUGUCCGUGUAAAGUACUAAAUUCAGAGAUGAGUCCUUCCAGCUCAGAUACUUCUAAUUCUUACGGAAAUGUACAAAAUGGAAACAGUUCUGACAGACAGACAGAAAAUUCAUCAAGUCUUAGAGAUGCUUCUCAAGUAUACACACAAAAUUCAGGUUUUUCUUUCAUACCCACUGAUAACACAGCAAGUGGUAAUGGUGACCUGUUCAGUGUGACAUAUCUUAGAAGUAUUUUAAGUAGUAUUUCUGCUACAUUUCCCUCUCAUAACAAUACUGGCUCAAGUACAGUUAUUACUUCAAAACUCAUUAAAGACCCAAGACUGAUGAAGAGAGAACAGAGCAUGAGAAACCAAAACAAUACUGCAGGUUUGAGUGUUUUGUCUUUUGAUAAGAGUUUGGGUCAUGGUGAUUCACAAAUAAAGCUGACAUGCGUACCAGCUAGUUCCAUCUCUUCAUCCAAAGUUCCUGCUGAUCAAACCAUUACUAGUUGCUUGGAUGCCUCUUGCCUUAAAUUCUCUACUGAAAGUUCACACCAUCAGACUCAUAAUAUCUGCUCAAAGGGCUAUGAUUGUAUAGCAUCCAGUAGAAUUGCUGGUACAGAACAAUUUAAAGAGCAACACAGUUCUUACUUUUCCAGUUCUUUAUCAAAUGCAUUUUCAGAUGUUGGGAAACGAAAAUACAGUGAAGAACAGGUUCAGAGAGCUCAAAUGAAAAGCAGUGUCCCAGUUUUAACAGCUCCAAGCAGUGAGCCACAGAACUCCUCUGAAUCAGAAAAUACUUGUAGCAACAACUCUCAGCGUCAUUUCUCUCAAGAGUCACUGUCUCCUGAUAUAAACACUGUAUGUAAGGUUGGUCACCAGAUGUCUACAGUCUUCCCAGUUCAGAAGAAAGGAAACCUAUGUGAAUACAUGCAAGAUAUGGGAAUGAUGAGAACCUUCAUCAUCCCAGAAGACAGCACUAAAGAUGGAGUAAACAAUACUUGGUGCAAAGAAACUGUUCUUACUAAUGAAACUUUUAGUAGCCCAAUUGAUACUUCUAAUACAUUGUACCAGGAACAAAAAGAAGGAGGAAAUCUUAAUUCUUUAAGUGGAAAUUGUGAAAAAAUAGAAGUUACUCAUAAGUUACAAAUGCCCAAAUCUCCCAUGUCUUCCACAGGGGAUAAAAAUGAACUAUAUCAUGCAGCAUCAGAAUUCGAGUUGUAUCUUACUCCAAAUAUUGAGUGUCUUUCACAAAAGCAUCCUCAACACUCUUUGGAGCAUGAAGACAAUAUUAAUACAAAUUUUGCCAUGACUCAAGGGCUAAUAGGAUUAAAAACAGUACAAAAUAAUCAGAACUUCGGUAACAUUUUGUCUGAUGCUUUCCAGGAAGCAAAACAUGUUUCCCUGGCCAGUGAAAAGCUCAUUGAUAGAGUUAUCUCAUCUUCUGCCAUUGACACAUCUCUUGACAGUUCAGUUUGUAACAUAAUUGGAGAAUAUACAUAUGUCCCAAGGGAAAAUGAAAAUGGAGCUGUGUCACCAUAUAACCACAAAGAAGAAGCUGUUCAUGUGCAGGAUCACAGCCUGUCUUAUGAUGCAGAAUUGAGCUGCGGUCUAAACUUGAAAAUUAAUUUGCAAGAACAGAGAGAUGAUGAAAAUCUAGAUGAGGCUAAAGAGAAACAUAGUGCUGCUUUGUCUCCAGAACACAAUACAGAUAACAUAAAUGGAAGAGAGAAUCAAGAUUUUCAUGCAAAUGACCUUUUCACCAAUAUAGUUGAAAUGAGGGAAAUUAAGAGUAACACCAAAGUAGAAAUUCUGAAUUCUGAAGAAUGUUUCACAUUUAGCUCAUUUGGGGGAAAGAACAGUAAACCAGCAGAAACAGCAUCAUCAGAGAGUGAAGCUGUAGAACAAAGGCAUACACCAAAUGAUGGACUAAGCCCAGAGCACUUGGUGUCCACAUUUCCAGAAAUUGAAGGCGCUUCAGUAUGUGUAGCCUCAAAUACUACAAAACAAGUAGUUGGCACUACUGUCCUUAGAGUAAGCACAAGUCUUGGAGAUCAUCAAAAAGACCAGUUAAAAGAAACUUGUUCCUCUGAGAGUUCAGAUUUGGGUUUAGUAAAACAUAUUUCUAAAUGUGAAAUUGAUACUGAUAAAGAUAAAUUACAAGACUUUCAUCUGUUGGUAAAUGAGAAUUCAGCUCUUAAAACUGGAUUGGGAAGUGAAAUUGAGGUAGAUCUUGAAGAACGUGGUAAUGCUUCUGUAUUUCAACAAAAUAUGCAUAGCCAGGGAAAUGAUCUUUGUGAAGAAUUUGAGUCUCUAAAGUCUCGGAUUGAUUGGGAAGGCCUAUUUGGAAGCAGUUAUGAGGAAAUGGAGACCUCAAGUUUUGCAAAAAGGGAGGGUACUGAUCAGCAUCGAUCUAUAGAAUGUAACUGUGUUUCUUUCUGCUCACAAGACAAAGGAGAGCUCCACAACCCAAUUUUUCUCCCAGAUCUACAAGUUACAAUUACAAACUUACUUAGUCUAAGAAUCUGUCCCACUGAUGAAUCUUUAGAGUUGAAAGAUAAUCUUUAUAAACAGGUAACUGAAUCUACAGAACCAGAAACAAAUAAGGAAGGGAAUGCUUCUGGAUUUGGCAUGUGCUCCCAACCUUCUGGAGAAAAUUCAAGUUUUUCAUGUGAAAAUAAGUUUGGUAAUUCAGUGCAAGAAUCAGGAGAUGCAAGCAAGUCUGGAAGUUUCCAUUCUUCCAACUCAAGUCAUACUACACAUGUGGAUCAAAGCAAGUCUGGAAGUUUACAUCCUUCCAACUCAAGUCAUACUACACAUGUGGAUCAAAGCAAGUCUGGAAGUUUGCAUCCUUCCAACUCAAGUCAUACUACACAUGUGGAUCAAGCAUCUGGAAAUCCAAACAAUGACUCUCUGUCUACUGAGCCAUCUAAUGUCACAGUAGUGAAUGAUAAGAGUAAACGUCCCACAAAAUCAAAACCUGACUUUAAUGAUACUGGAAAGAAAAAGGACAUGCAAUCAAGGAAUAGCAAAAGAAACCUGCAUGCAUCUUCCAGACGUCAGAACAUAGAAGAUAAAGGCUUAAGGAAGCAUGAAACUCGAGAGAAGAGGAGGAGGCCAGUGAGCCAUGACUCAUCUGACCGUUUUUCUUCCUUAUCUCAAGGACGAAUUAAAACAUUUUCCCAGUCAGAGAGAAACAUUAGGAAUGUACUGAAUAUUCUAAAUAGUGAAGCAUCUUUGUGUAAAAGCAAACAUCUGUCCAGAAAAUUGAACAAAGCUGUUGUUCACUUAAAAAAAGCCCAUAGAAGAGUUCAUACAUCUUUGCAGCUUAUAUCUAAAGUAGGACAAAAGAGGAAGGGCCCAUUACCAAAAGCUUAUGCAAUAGUACGCAAUAAUUUCUGGGAAAGUUGUGAUCAUCAAGGUGAUAGUUUGGUGUCUGAAAGAAGAUAUUCUAAGCACUUUUUGUCCAAAAGAAAAUAUGACAAGCAGGAAGAUAAAAGAUUUUUAAGAUUUGAUAUUGAAGAGUCAUUGGCCCCAGUAUCAAAGCAUAGAUUGUAUAGAACGAACAGAAAGAGGAUUGCAGAAUGCCUUUCUAGUGAAGUCAUGUCUGGGCAUGUUUCCAAUAGUCUUACCACUUUCCAUGUGAGAGAAUUUUGUGAUGAAGAACAACUUCCAGAAUCACAGAUACCUCUAGCUUAUACAUCCCAGAGUAUAAGUCAGUCAGAAUGCACUAAUAGCAUUGUGGGAAAUGCAAGCUAUUCUGAACGGGAGCAUUUUUCUGAAACAAGUGGGACUAUACUUGACCCAAAAGAAACACUAGCUGAAAAAGAAUAUCAGACACACACAGAGUUAUGUAAUAGUGACUCUGCAAAACUUGAAAACCAUUCAACACAUAGUAUUAGGGAUAUAGCAAAAGAAUAUAAUUCUGAAGAUAAAACAGUUCUGUGUGAAAGCAAUCCAGAGUAUUUAAGUUUCAUAAAAGACACAAAUCGUAGUCCAGAUAAAAGUUAUGAUACAACUUGUAAAGCUAACACUGACAUACAUAUUUCAGUUUUAGACUCAAACAAAAAGCACAUUUUAAGUGUUGAUACUUAUGAACAAGAUAACUGUGUAUCUGAUGGUGCUAAAAAUGGAGAAUCAAUUUUUCCUAUAGAAAAGUGUACAGUUCCUAUGGAGACCACAUCAAGCAUUCCUACGGAAAAUAUAGCAAGCAGAAGUUACACUAUUCCUUCGGUCUCAUCAAUUCUAGUGACAGCUAGAGAAGAAGAAUCUUCUGUAGGGGAAAAUGAACUCUUUGAUAUAAAUGAGAAUGAGAUGAAUAUUACUAAGCAUUCUAAAUUAGAUCUAACAUCAGUAAUUGAAGAAAGUAAAAUUUGUAAGAAAAAUAUGAAGAAACUGUCUUGCAAUGAUAGUUCUGUGCUCUUAAAAGAGAAUGUAACAGGUCCUUCAAAAAGGUAUAUAGCAAAAUACAUUGAGGAAGAAAAAAUUAGGAAAAUUGAGCAAGCAGUUUACAAAAAAACUAUUACUGAAGGAUCCGCUAUUGGUUUUAAGUACAAAAGUCAAAAUAAGAUCCUAAAAGAAGAAUCAUUUCAUGUUAACAAGAAAAUAAUUACAAACAGCUUGACUGAUUCUCAUCUAAGCAUUAAAAAUUAUACUGUAGACAAAAGUGCUUUGAAAGACAUUCCUAAUCAGCUUAAAGAAAGAAAGGAAGCAGGGCAAAUUAAAGUUAGUAACUUUCAUUCUGACUGUCUCUCUAAGCCAGCCAUUGCAGAAACUAAUCAUAGGCCUGUUUUAAAUGGGAACUCUAAAGUUGCUGCUCUUCAGAAGGAAUUAAAAGAACAUCACUCACCUAAUUACACAUCUCAUGUAACAGAACUGUCUCAAAUUUUACAGAGAGCAGAUGAAGCAGCAUCUCUACAGAUUUUAGAGGAAGAGACUAAGCUUUGUGAAAAUAUCCUCCCUUUAUUUGUUGAAGCUUUUGAAAGACAGCAAGAAUGUUCAGUUGACCAAAUCCUGAUUUCAAGAAAACUGUUGGUAGAACAGAACUUGUGGAAUAACUGUAGACUUACAUUGAAACCAUGUGCUGUUGAUACUUGGGUAGAACUUCAAAUGGCAAUAGAAACUAUUCAGUUUAUUGAAAACAAAAAAAGAUUCUUAGAAGGUAAACCAACAUUCCGAAGCUUGCUUUGGUAUGAUGAGAGCUUGUACAGUGAACUGCUUCGCAGGCCACGUGGAUAUCAGCUGCAGUCCAAUUUCUAUCCUGGUUUUCAAGGACGACUAAAAUACAAUGCAUUCUGUGAGUUACAGAAUUAUCAUAAUCAGUUAGUUGAAUUCUUAACAGAAACAAAGAAAGAAAAUAAUUCAUAUUACGCAUUCUUAAAAUAUAAACGGCAAAUUAAUGAAUGUGAAGCCAUAAUGAAGCACUAUUCUGAUUGCUUUGACUUUUGUCUUUCUGUUCCAUUUGCCUGUGGAGUUAACUUUGGAGAUAGUUUAGGAGACCUGGAAACCUUGAGAAAAAGCACUCUGAAGCUGAUCAGUGUACCUGGGGGCUCUCCUAAAGUCCAUUCCUAUCCAGGAAAGAAAGAUCAUUUGUGGAUCAUUGUAGAAAUAGUCUCUUCAAAGGUUAGUUUUAUCAAAAGCAGUGAAGAAGUAAGUAUCAAAAUCUCUCUUUAUGGUCUGGAGCAUAUAUAUUUCGAUGCUGCAAAAAGUCUUGUAUGGAAAGAAAAAAACUGCUCUUUACCCAAAAGACAUUCAGAAAAGAAUAAAGAAAUGGAGGAAAUAAAUGAGAGUGCUUUUUCUAAGUUGAAGAAGAUCUAUGGUGUCUUGUCUAAAGGUUUAAACAAUGAACCCACUAGUGUCAGGCUUAAAGAAGAUGCUAUGACUGCUUCCAAACAAUCAGCUCUAAGUAGCAUACCAAACUGUAGUCUGAACAAAGCUUGGCUUUCAUAUCCAGAUAUUUCUUGUGUUGGUGAGGUACUGGAUCAAGCUAAAUCUGCAGACCUAGAGAAGUUACAGGACCUCAUUCUCAGGUGUACAGAUCACUUAGAAAUUUUAAAAAAAUACUUUCAGAUACUGCAAGAAGAUAACAUAGAUAAUAUUUUUAUCAUGGAAGAAAAUGUUUUGGAUAUGCUAAACAACCACAACCUUGGAGCUGUCAUUUUAAAGCCCGAAGCUAUUGAGAUUUAUAUUGAAAUUGUCAUGAUCUCAGAAACAAUUCACUACCUUAAAAAUGUAAUAGCAAAGAAACUGCACAACCAGAGGUUCCGAGGUAUGCUCUGGUUCGAUUGGUCUCUUCUCCCUGACCUUAUUGGCUGCCAAGAAGAAGUGGUUUCCUUUUCCGUUGGUGACACCCAAGCACGUUGCCUUUGGAAACUGAUAGAGACUGCGAUUUGUGUCCUUAAGAAAGAGCUGGCUGUUAUCUAUGAAUACGGUGAAGCUUCUAACUGUUCCUAUGCUUUACAUUUAUUCUACAGAGAACUUAAGGAACUUACGGGCAUUAGGAGGCUUCUGAAUAACUCUAAGUAUUCAGUUUCCACAUAUAUUGACUUGGUGCCACAUACUGCAUCAGUAAAUUUUGGAAACACUGUGGCAGAAUUAGAACAUAACUACAAGCAGUUUUUUCUAUUACUCAAAAAUGUAAUGUCAGUCCCUCAGAAAGAUUUUGGAAAAAUGGUUCAUAUUAUAAAAGUUAUGAAGACAAUUGAACAUAUGAAGGUGCUAAGUGCUAAAGAUACUAAGUUGUCCACUCAUCUUCUCUUUCUCCAAAUGCUGCGCAACAGAAGGAACACUUUACAACAAAAUAGACAAGAAAAGGAGGAGACACCCUUUACAGAGCCUGGGGAGGCCAGCAGUCAACCUGGGGUUUCUCAGCAGACACCUCCAGGUGCAGAGUGCACAGUAAAAACCAUUUCAGGUUCCUCUAAAAAGCGACCUAUGACUGCAGACACAUGUGAAGUCUCUCAGGGAAAAGGAAAUACAGACACUGUUUCCAGUUGGAAGAAGCAAAAGGUUACCAUGAAAGAUGUUGGAAACAGACAGACAGUAUCCAAACAUCCAAGCACUACAGGAUCUCCUCCCAAGGAUGAAAACAAAAUCGGAUCAAAUUCCUCUUACAGUCUGAAAAGCAUCUCUGCAUCUCCAGAAGUGGUCAAAAGACAGAGCUCAGAACCUGGCUCAGUGUCACCUGCUGAAAGUGUACAGGACACUUGGACUCCAAAGUCAGAGAACAAAGUAGAGCCAACAGACAGCUCAUCUGAUGCUUUAGUGACUCUCCCUGAACAGCAGGAAAACUCAAAUGACAUAGACAAGAGAAAUGGGAACUUUAGUGCUGCUGAAAGAAAUGAUAAGGAAGGCUGUCGUUUAAUAACUUGUGACCAGAAGGAUGUAGAUGCCUCCUGCUUACCUGACCACACACCUGCACAGAAGUCCCAUAACACCCCUGUGGAUCGUACACAGACCUCGCCUUCAAAUCUAACAGUAGGAAAUGAUGACCCUCUUGUACCUGAUGCAACUAUGCUCACAGUGUCUGCUUCCCAGUCUGUGAAGGACAUUCAUAGCAGUCUUGAAAUGAGUGGAACAGACUUUCAACAUGAAAAUAACAAAGUACUAGAUGUGUCUACUGAAGAUUGUACAUGCACCAGCUCUCCGGAACCUGUGUUUAUCCAGGACAAAAUUCCUGUCCUGAAAGUAGAUAAAAUGCAGCCUAUAAAAAGUGAAUCACCAGAAAAGUAUAUGACAGAUGCACCAAAUCCCAGUACUGCACCAUUUAGCUCAUAUGGGAACUCAGCCCUUCAUGUGAAUGGAAAAGUACAGCAGGCUCGCUCUGAACAGAAUCCAGAAGUCCUGACUCAGAAAGUUGGCCCAUCCAGGAAUAACCCUCCACAGUCUGCAUGUUCUCCAGUAUAUGAUUCUUCUGCACAUUCAUAUGGAACUUCAUAUCCAUACUACUCUUGGUGUUUUUAUCAGUACAGCAGCAGCAGUAGUACUGCUGUUACUCACACAUACCAAGGGAUGGCAUCAUAUGAGGUACAGCGACCUCCUCCUCCAAUGUUGACUGCAGUUGCAAAUACUGUCCAGAGCACACAUUUCAGUAGUUCAUACUCUGAACAUUAUAGUUACUUUGCUGGACAGCCACAAGCAAAUUCCUUUAUACCAGGAAGUGGGUAUUUUCCAUCUCAAACACCUAUUUCUUACAAUUACCAACAACCAGUUUAUUCACAGUUUGCUUCUCGUCAACCAGUCCCACAGCCUGUGUAUCCUUAUCCGCCUAACCCAGGUGUGCUUCAGCAGGUUCCUUGGACUUACGCUCCAUGGCAACAGAAUCCAUUUCCUCGAAGGCAUUAAAAGUAAAUCUCUUCAUACUGAAAUAAAUGCAACUUAAGUUUUCUCAAGUA